AUGGCAAGGCACCCUUCGAGCGUCAUAGAAGUUGAAAGCGACGGGGAACAAGCAGUGGAACUGAGCUCAAGCGAGCGCCCACGCUGUGAUGGCGUGAUAGAGGUUCUAAGUGACGCUAGUCAGUCCGAUGAUGAGUUAGAAAUCGUUAGUGAAAGCGCUGCCACGUUUGCGGAAGGCAACGAUGACGACAUUCAAAUAACAGGCCACAAUAGGAUGCAACCACCAGAGUUUCAAUACCCAGGAGCACCCAUGGAACUCUUACCAGUGACGGAUCAACCGGAUGAUACCUCUAGCUCUUCCUUCAGCUCCCCUAUUCCUCAGCCAAGUCAGAGGCGACAAUUUGGUGCUAUGAGACGCACAAUGAGAAUGAGACAACAACAACAACAACAACAACAACAACAACGACGGCCACGACAAGGGACAGCGGACAGACAACUGCUUUCGGACUUGUUAGAGUUGACAAGGUUCAGUGUUCCUUUCAGUUUCUUCGACUUAAAUCAAGAACAGCAACGCGCCCUUUACGAAUACUUUCAUGAGCAGGAUUCCCCGAAUGAGAUAUCAAGUGCAAUCAUGGCUAGACUCGAAAGAGAGGAUGAGCUGGCUCUUGACCGCAAGAUUGAAAACGAGAAAAUCUUUAAUCGAAAAGUGCUUCAAAAGAAGAGAAAGGAAGCGAAAGAAAAAGAUAAUAUGCAUACGACGAAUAUCACUCCUGAGGAAAAUCUUCUUUGUGAACUAUGCGGUAUUCAGUUGGGUGAAGGUAUCCCUCAGACUUUUAAAGCAAACCCAAACCUUGCUGAUAACUUUGAGAAAUAUGCCACGGAGUUUGAAAUAAAUGCGCCCUGGUUCUGCGUUAGACAAAUUCUGGAGGUGGAUCGAACGCUUUCCAAGCAAGUGUUUGCUGCAAAAUGUGGACAUGUUUUUUGUGGAAGGUGCAUCAAGAACAUUGGCAAUCGACCACCAGGUCGUCGUACCAAAAAGCAGGAUAGGGAAGUAUCAAUAGACAACCCUCUCAUCAGUGCUCCUCGCAAAUGUCCUGCUGAGGGAUGUUCUCAUCAAUUCCUACGCAGAAAACGUGCGUUUACGGAGCUCUUCCUAUGA